CUUUCCAAGCAAAGGUCCGGGGGGGGGGGGGGGGGGGGUUUCCACUCAGAUCUACAUUGCUUUCGCAUCGAUCGUCAGAGGAGGAGAAUCUACAAUGAUCCUCACCUGGCUAACCAGAAGAAAGAAGUCUUAUUAUAGACGAAUAGCAAUAGACGCACUAAACAAGAAUAUUGAGUCCUGGGAUCGAGAUAGGGAAGCUUACCUGGAGCAGGCUGACAUGGAGUCAGAGCAAGCUAAAAAAUAUGUCCAGAAAGGCGACGAAGAAGCUGCCAAAUACCAUUUGAGCCUCAAGUUGCUAGCCAACCGUUCUGCUCAACAUUGCCAGGAAUUACUGCUUCAUUCUCACAAACAAUUGAUUAUUCUUAAUAGGCUGGAAUUGCAAUCGAUGGACGACGAUCUCACCACCCACAAUCCAAUGCAUAUCUUUACAAUGUCUUUGGCUUUUUGUUUGUUCCUUUUUCUUAUAACUUAUUUUGUGUUUUUCUAGACACUACCAAAAAACAAAGAUAAGUUUGUGUUUUUCUAGCUCCUAAUAUUACACUACCAAACAGCAAGGAUAACUUAUGAAUGUGCUACAAGAUUUCAAUUUAUUGAACCCGAUUCUAUAUGAAGAAUAAUAGUGCAUUAAACCCUAA